CUACUACAUGUAGUAUCUCAGACAACCAAAAACUGCAUCAUACAGACAUGAGAAUUUAUCCACUGACAAUUGGGGAGAGCGUGUGAAGCCUUACUUUAAGGUUAUCAACACCCUGUGCCUCUGUUCAGUAAACAGACAGAAGAUAAAGAUAGGGUACAAGUUAAGGUAUUUUGCACAAGGCUGAUUUGUGAAUGUAACCAAAAAUUAUAUUUCUUUGGAAUUUCCCGACAAAAUGUCAGUUAUGAGUAACCUUCAUCUCUUUAUAAAGCAAGUUGUCCUAUCACCAUGCAUUGCUAUAUUCCUCUCUUUCCCAACAUACAUGCACACACACACACACAUUUGGUAGAGAAAAAGAUUAUGCUGUUUGAAUAAACUUGAUUGUAUUUACUCAGGUUUGACAUUGCAAAUAGCAAAUUGGAAAAAGUGACUUAUUGCACACAAGAUUUCCAUGUGAAAGUCGCCUAAAGCUGCUGUCAUUUGCUGAUUAAAAAUGUUUCAUGUCAUGUGCUGAUUAGAGAAAUGUUUCAGGACUUAAAUCACAGUGAACCUUGUGUUACUCAUAGCUCAACUCAGAGUUUGUUAUGUCAACUGCUGUACAUAAAAUAUUGGUGUUACAGCAUUUCAUACUUAGCCUAGUUUUGUGUCUGUUUCAGUUUAAUGUAUGCAUCAUACUUGAAAACUUUGACUAUUGAUCUCGAGCACCUCCUUUUAUUUUUUCUAAACAGGUUCAUUUCUUCAUGUGAUUUAAUUCUUGUUAGAAAUUUUGCAUGACUGUAUAUCCUACUUUGUCAUAUUGUUUUCACUGAAAUUUUACUGAAAAGUCGUGCUAAAUUUUUUUUCAGUGGCAGUGAAGAAAUCAAAGAUGGUUCAUAAAGACUCCAUUGCUGUGUGGAUCUACUGUGUAGUCUGGCUGGGAAGUCUUCAACCAACUGAAACACAACCUUCACAUACCUCACUGACCACGAUAUCUACAUUAACAUCUGUAACAGCUGAGUCCUAUCAGUUAUCAGUUACAACACCUACACCAGUACAUUUAUCUACAUCAUCACAGUCACCUGCAACAUCACAGUCAUCUACAUCAUCACAGUCAUCUACAUCAUCACAGUCAUCUGCAACAUCACAGUCAUCUACAUCAUCACAGUCAUCUACAAAAGUACAGCAGUCUGCUUCAUUAAAACCAUCUUCUCUUACCCCCUAUACCACAGAGACAUCUACAGGUACCUCAGUAGAAACAACUGUCACAGUGGCAUCUCCAGUAAGUCCAGUUUCCACAGUGGAGCCAUCAAAACCUGCAGAGUCAGCUAAGUCUUCUGCAUCUUCACUACAGACACCCCCUGCAGUUUUAUCAGAAAAUGAGACAACAAAGAUGACAACAUCAGGAUCAGCUACAACAACAUUAGCUCUGAACACACCAUCAUCUACAUUACUAACAGCAGGGAAUAUUACAACAUCAGGAUCAGCUACAACAACAUCAGCUCUGAGCACACCAUCAUCUACAGUACAGACAGAAGGGGAUAUGAUAACAUCAGGAUCAGCUACAACAACAUCAGCCCUGAACACACCAUCAUCUACAGUACAGACAGAAGGGGAUAUGAUAACAUCAGGAUCAGCUACAACAACAUCAGCUCUGAACACACCAUCAUCUACAGUACAGACAGAAGGGGAUAUGACAACAUCAGGAUCAGCUACAACAACAUCAGCUCUGAACACACCAUCAUCUACAGUACAGACAAAAGGGGAUAUGACAACAUCAGGAUCAGCUACAACAACAUCAGCCCUGAACACACCAUCAUCUACAGUACUAACAGAAGGGGAAAUGACAGCAAUGUCACUUUCAACAGCAUCAACAUCAACAACUUCAGCAGAGCAAAUGACAUCAACAACAUCAAAAACAUCAGUACAUACAACAACACCUACAGUAGAGACAGCAGUGGUAGAGUCUACAACAUCUGCAGUAGACAGUACAACAACAUCUGCAUUAGUGAUAGACCCAUAUGUAGCGAAUAUAACAUCAUCAACAGUUGAGACAACACAACCAAGAGUAAAUGCAACAAUGGUAGAGUCUACAACAUCUACAGUGAAGGUUUCUGCAGUAGAGACAACAUCUAUAGUAGAGACAGCAUCAUCUACGGUAGACACAGCACCAUCUGCAGUAGAGACAUCUACAGUAGACACAGCACCAUCUGCAGUAGAGACAUCUACAGUAGACACAGCACCAUCUGCAGUAGAGACAUCUACAGUAGACACAGCACCAUCUACAGUAAAGGCAUCUCCAGUAGACACAGCACCAUCUGCAGUAGAGACAUCUACAGUAGAGACAGCACCAUCUACAGUAGAGACAUCUACAGUAGACACAGAAUCAUCUACAGUAAAGACAUCUAUAGUAGACACAGCACCAUCUACAGUAGAGACAUCUACAGUAGACACAGCACCAUCUGCAGUAGAGACAUCUACAGUAGACACAGCACCAUCUGCAGUAGAGACAUCUACAGUAGACACAGCACCAUCUGCAGUAGAGACAUCUACAGUAGACACAGCACCAUCUACAGUAGAGACAUCUACAGUAGACACAGCACCAUCUGCAGGAGACACAGCACCUUCUACAGUAGAGACAUCUACAGUUGACACAGAACCAUCUACAGUAAAGACAUCUACAGUAGAGACAGCACCAUCUACAGUAGAGACAUCUACAGUAGACACAGCACCAUCUACAGUAGAGACAUCUACAGUAGACACAGCACCAUCUGCAGGAGACACAGCACCUUCUACAGUAGAGACAUCUACAGUAGACACAGAACCAUCUACAGUAGAGACAUCUACAUUAGAGACAGCACCAUCUACAGUAGAGACAUCUACAGUAGACACAGCACCAUCUGCAGGAGACACAGCACCUUCUACAGUAGAGACAUCUACAGUUGACACAGAACCAUCUACAGUAGAGACAUCUACAUUAGAGACAGCACCAUCUACAGUAGAGACAUCUACAGUACAGACAACAUCAAAAGUUGAGACAACAAUGAUGGAGCCCACAAAAUCUACAGUUAAGGCUUCUACAACAUCUACAGAAGAGACAGCAACAUCUAUAGGAGAGACAACAACAAAAUCUACUGUAGAUACAACACCAUCUACAGAACAGACAACAGCAUCUACAGUAGAGAAGACAUCACUGGCAGUGGAAACAUCAACACAAGAGACAACAACAAAAUCUAAAGUAGAAACAACACCAUCAGUAAUAGAGACAACAUCAUCAACACUAGAGGCAACAACAACAUCUACAGUAGAUACAAAACCAUCUACAGUACAGACAACAUCAACAGUAGAGUUGGUAUCACCAGCAGUAGAGACAUUAUCAACACAAGAGACAACAGCAAAAUCAACAACAGAUACAACAUUCACAAUACAGACAACACCUUCUACAGUACAGACAACAUCAUCAGCAGUACAGAAAACAACAAAAUCUACAAUAGAUACAACAUCAUUUACAGUACAGACAACAUCAUCAACUGUAGAUAUGACGUCGUCAGCAGUAGAGGCAACAUCUGCAGUGGAAACACCAUCCUUAUUAGAGACAUCAUCUACAGUGGAUAUAGCAACAACGUCUACAACUGAGCCAGAAACAUCUACCAUAAAGACAACACCACUUACAUCAGAGACAUCAUCUUUACCAGAGACAACAUCACCUAUACUACAGACAACAUCUACAGUAAAGACAUCGUCAACAUUGAAGCCACCAUCUACAGUUAAAACAACAUCAUCUACAAUGUUUGCAACAACACCAUCUAUAGUAGAGACAACCUUAUCUAUAGUUAAUGCAACAUCUAGCAGACACAAUAUCUACACUCAAAGCAACAUUUACAGUAGAACCAAUAACAUCUUCAGUGAAUGCUACAUCUACAGUAUCUACAUCCUCUUCAGUACAGACAACAGCAUCUACAGUGGGUACAACACCAUUAUAUACAGAAGAAAGCAACACAACUUUACUAGAGACAACAUCAUCUGUGGUAGAACCAGCAACGCCUACAGUAGACACAUUAUCUACAUUGAAACACCAUCUACAGUACAAAUCACAUCUUCUACAAUUGUUGAAACAACCCCAUCUACAGUGAAUGCACUAUCUACAGUACAGACAACAUCAUCAGUAGAGACAACAACAACAUCUACAGUAUGGACAACGCCAUCUACGGUGAAUACACCAUCUACAAAAGAGACAACGCCAUCAUCAGUAGAGGCAACAACAACAUCUACAGUACAGACAACCCCAUCAACAGUGAAUACACCAUCUACACUAGAGACAACAUCAUCAUCAGUACAGACAACAUCUACAGUACAGACAAUCCUAUCUACAGUGAGUACACCAUCUACAUUGAAUACAACAUCUACAGUAAAGACAACAACACCCACAUUAGAUACAACAGCUGCAAUGUCCAGUGUGAAAACAGCACCAACAACCAUGUCUUCUCCCAGAACUACAGUACCAGUAUCUUCCCUUCAGUUUGUUACCAGGAAACAUGCUCUGAGCAUCCCAGAAAACACAAGUGUGGGGACAGUGUUAUAUAACCUGACACUUACUGGAGGAAUACCCAACCCAACACAGGACUUUGACUUUACCUUACUCAGUGAUGGCAAUGGAACCUUUAACCUCACAGAAAGCAGAGCUAUAAUACUGACCAGACCUCUUGAUUAUGAAGUCCAGAAAACACAUGUGAUAUUGGUCCAGGCUCGUAUGACAAAAAGCAGCAUUGAAGAUAUUAGUAGUAGAGACUGUGUUGAGACCACAAUGGAGAUAACAGUGAUGGUAGAAGACAUUGAUGAGUAUCCUGUGAUGUUUCAGUAUUAUAGCAAAUCUACAACCUAUGGUGAAAACUUUACCACAGGGAUGUCAGAUGUAAAUGUCCCUAUCUACUGGAUUGUGAUAUCUGCAGAUACUGAGGUGGGAACAUCCAUAUUUAGGUUCACAGUAAUGGAUGCAGAUAGAAGCCCCCCUGCAGUGACAGGAUUUCAUUUACAUGGAAACAACUCUGCACAGGAUUUCCUAGGAGUGACAUCAGAGGGGGAAUUGUACACAACUGAUGUUAUUCCUGUUAAUACAUAUGUUUGCCCCUUUGGAUGUGCUGUGCAGGUAUAUGAACUCCUUGUCACUGCCUCACAAGGCUCCCAGGAAUUCACAUCCAAGGUUCUACUGGUCAUCAGGGACGUUAGAGUAAGACUGAAAAUUGAAGAACAUUCUUACCUCCAAUGUCUUCAAAUUAUAGAUUAUAUUUCUUCAAAUGGGACUUCCAUUGUUGAUAGUUCUCUUUCUGCAUUUGUCAAUGACAGUGCUGUAUUUUAUGUCAAUAAUUAUGAACUUGAGAUCUAUCACUUGAAUUAUGAGUCCAUACAAGAGUAUCACCUGCUGCUGAACUGUUCCUAUGGCGGUUUCUCUGUUCUUACAGUUCCAAUUGUGUUAGAGGUGCUGGAUGUGAAUGAACACAUUCCAGUGUUUGAUCAGAGAGAAUGUUAUCUAGCAGUUCCAAGAGCAAGCCCAGCUAACACCAGUAUUGCUGUGAUAAAAGCAGAAGAUGGUGAUGACGGUGCCAAUCUGGUCUAUAACCUCACUGAAGGAAGUUACUAUUUUUGGUUGACUGACUGUGGACAAUUGCAAACAAAAAUUGAGAUGGAUUUUAUGCCAAAUUCUCUUCAAGUUAUUGAAGGCAAAGUGAGUGUUUCUGAUGGUCUCCAUUUCAGUGAGACCAUGGUCCAUGUCCUUGUGUAUGCAUUGGAUCUAGAGUACCACAUACCAGAGAACCAAACAGUGGGCAAUACUGUGGUUCCUAACUUGUGUGGAAAUAUGUCAGCUUAUGAGUAUGCCAACUGCAGUAUUCUUGACCCAACAGGGACAUUUGCAGUACACAGAGGUGACCUUGAAAUUGUUUCAGAUUUGGAUUUUGAGUCAAGGAAUACUUACAUAUUAUUACUGAAUGCCAUUGUUGCUACCAUUGAAAAGAACAUUACUGUCACAGUUCAUGUACUUGAUGUCAAUGACAAUCCACCUCUCUUUCUUCAGCAGCAGUACAAUGUUACUGUUACAAGGGAGACUAACCCGUAUACCCUUCUUACCACCCUCACAGCAGAGGAUGCAGACCAGGAGCAGAAUAUCACAUACAAAUUACUUGGGAAUGACACUGAGAACUUCCUGAUAAAUAACUAUGGUCAAGUGUUCAGUUUGUCAUCUAUGAACUUUUCCAACAGUUUAAUUCACAUGGUCAAUUUGACAGCUCAGGUCACAGAUGGUGUCUAUACCUCCCAUGCAUCACUUCUGGUUGUCAUUGCUGCAGAUCAGUUAUAUAUCAAGGUGCCCGAGGACACCCCAGAUGGAAGUGUUAUACAGCCAAAUAUCUGCAGUCCAGAAUUCUUACUACAAGGAACAUGCAGCCUCUCUGGAAAUGACUCUACAUUUGGACUGGUGGCUGAAGAGGCCUUGGUGCUGCAGGGUUCAUUAGACUUUGAAUUAAAGGAGAACUAUGACCUUACAUUAACUGCAAUAACAGCAGACAUUACCUGGAUUUUACCUAUACAUGUUCAGUUGUCAGACACCAAUGAUGAAAUCCCCUUGUUUCUGAAUGAAGACCAUUUCUUUGGGACUGUCAGGAACUCAUCACCUCCAAAUAUGACCAUUUUCAGCAUCAGGGCCAGUGACAUUGUCAGAUCAACACUGGAGUUCAGCCUUGAUGACACUGGAGCAGAAUAUUUCCAAAUUUCUCACUGUGGACAAUUGCAGACCACAAGUUCCUUCCCAGCACAGCUUCAAGCUCCUUUUCAUUUUGUCAACUUCUCCAUAUCUGUCACAGAUGGUGUCCAUGUCACCACAACCAUUGCUGGAGUCCUCAUUUCUGCUGAGUCAUGGCAGGUGUCUGUGACUGAAAAUGACACAGAAAAUAACUUUGCCCUCCAGAACUUAUGUGGAAACCUGAACUCACAUGGAGGAACUUGCUCAGUGACUUCAGAACCAGAAAUACCAGGAUUGUUUUACAAUGUCUCUGAAAACACUUUGUAUCUCAACACAAGAUUAGAUGCCAGAAUUCAAAAUAUUUAUGAGGUAAAGGUUCAGACCUCAUUGUCACCAUUUACACCCAUUACAGUUCCAAUAUCAAUCACCAUAAUUGAUGACAAUGACCAUGUACCCCAGUUCACCCAACAGUCUUAUUCUGCCAUCCUCCGUAAUGGCAGCCAUGAAAACACCAUUGUCUCUGUGGUAGAAGCUGUGGACGGAGAUCUGGGGAACAACUCUAAACUCCAGUACACAAUUAUCUCUGACCCUUUGGGCUUCUUGAAUAUCAACAGCUAUGGACAGAUUUAUACCAGCAGUAGACUUAAUAUGUCAGAUGUGAUCAGUGAUGUUGAAGAUCUCAUAGCAUACACAGUACAGGUUACAGUGGAGGCCAGAGAUUUAGGAACACCUCCCAAAUAUAACAGCACUACAGUGGAUAUUAUAUUCCUUGCUGAUCAGUUUGAGAUCAACAUCAAGGAAAAUGUGGAUAAUAUAACAUUUGGAAAUAUAAGUGUUCCUGCUUUGAGGAGUGUAGACUUUGUUGGAGCACCUGCUGGUAUAAGUGUAUUGCAAGAUUUGACCCACCUUUGGCUUUCAAAAGGGUUGGAUUUUGAGCAGAACUCGAGCUUUCACUUCAGCCUCAAUCUUACCCUGGAUGACAGCCACUACACUGUACCUGUGACAGUGCAUGUCAUUGAUGUGAAUGAUGAACCUCCAGAGUUCAGUGAAAGUGUCUACAACUUCUCAGUGCCAGAUGGUGCUAGGUACUUUACAAUGAUCAAUAUGACCACUGCCACUGACAGGGAUUCUACACACAUAACAUACUCCAUAACAGAUGUGGAAGAUGCCAGGAAUUCAGUGAAGGAACUAUUUUUGGUGAAUGAAGAAACAGGAGCACUGUACACUAAUGAUCAAAUCCGUUUCAGAAACCUCCAUAGAGAAAAGCGCUUCAAGUCAAACAAUGACACUUACCUUGAGUUCAUGGUAUGGGCAUCAGAUGAGAACUUCACAGCCAAUGCUACAGUCAGAGUGACUGUUCUGAAGUAUAAUCCUAAUUCCUUCAACCUGGAGAACACCACCGAGGCCUUCUUACUGGAAGGAAAUUACAACAACUCUUUACAUUUAGUAACCAAUAAAACAGCUCGAGCAAAUUUCUCUGACUACAACUUUCAAGUGACUGCAAAGCAAGAUGAAAUGAUGUUCUUCAUCAAUGAAACAACUGGAUUCAUCUAUACAAACAAAGUAUUUGACAGGGAACAAAAUGACAAUUAUAUAGUGUAUGUGAUGGCAUUAGAGGAGGAAGUGGAUAGCUGUCAAUCUGUGGUGAUAGCCAUUGUAAAUAUCACUAUCAGAGAUGACAAUGACAAUUCACCUGUUUUCUAUCAUACCACCUACCAGGGAACAGUACAAGAGAACACAACAGGUGCUACAGUGGAAUUACAGCCACUCAUAGCAGCAUCAGACAAGGAUAUUGGAUCAAAUGCUUUGAUACACUAUGCACUACUGAAUGGGACAGAUGCCUUCCAAAUUAACAACACAUCAGGGGUUAUUUGCACCAAUGGUAUUUUGGACAGAGAGGAGACAGACAGUCACACUGUCCUGAUAUCAGCCUCAGAUGGGAAGUACAAUGACACAGCAAUAGUUAAUAUUACAGUGGUUGAUGUGAAUGACAAUGCUCCUGAAUUUGAGAUGGAAUUCUAUCAAUUUAAUGUGUCAGAAGACCAAGAAGUGGACACAAUUAUCGGUCAAGUCUUAGCCACAGACAGGGACAGCAGCAGCACCACAUCACUGCACUACAGAAUUGCGGAAAAUGAUGAGAAUAGAAAUUUCAGAAUGAAACACCCAUUUGCGUCCGGUAAGAUCUGGAUUUACAGUAGCCUUGAUCGUGAGAAAAUCCCAAAUGGCACAAUAAAGUUUCAUGUCAUUGUGGAUGAUUCAAAGUGCGACUCUUCUCCAACAUGUACAUCACAUUCAUCCACUGCCACAGUCCAGGUAGAUAUAGGAGAUAUUAAUGAUAAUUCACCCAAGUUUGACCAAGAUGAAUACACUGUCUACGUUGAUGAGGGUUGGAACGGCACAUUUGCUCAGGUCAAGGCCACAGAUCCUGAUGCAAAAGAAAAUGGCACCGUUACUUACUACUUGAGCGAGCCAGACAAACAAGCAUUUAAAAUAGACUCCACAUCAGGAAAUAUAACAAUGCGGCACCCUUUUGACUAUGAUGAGAAUCAUGCUCUAGAUAUAAGUUUCAAAGUUUAUGCUAGAGAUAACGGCAAAGAUGCUUGCAAUACUAGUGCAAAGGUCAAGGUCAUCAUUAAGGACAUCAACGACAACCCACCUAAGUUUUUGAUUUCAGACAUAAGUCUAGCAUUACAAAAUGGGCUAGUCAUUCCCAUGGUGGCCCUUGAUAAAGAUUCUGGAGAGAAUGGAAAUAUUACAUAUUCUCUUCCAAGUUACCCGUGCAACAUGUCAUCUCAUGGUACUGAUAAUCCCUGUAGAGAAUGCUUUGACAUUUCAAACACUGCCCUAUUAUCAGUCAAAGAUACAUGUAUAAAAUCCAAAGAAAAAUGUAAACAUUUUGUUCUCACAGUGGAAGCAACUGACAACGGCUCCCCACCUCUUUCUACAUGUGCAAACAUCACAUUUUCAAGUUUAGGUCAAAAUGUACCAUGCAAAUUUGAUAACUUGGACUAUUACAUCAAUAUAACAGAGGAGCAGCACUACCCCUGGCCAGUGAUAAAUUUAACUUACACCAAAUCUAGCGAGGAGAAGAAGUGUAACUUUGAUCUGGACUGUGGCUCAGGGUCCAGGUUUAUUAUUAUCAAUAAGACAACAGGAGAAAUCCGUCUCAAUGGCACACUGGACAGAGAAGACUAUUACAACACAACUGGUAAGAUGGAUGCCAUGCUGUGUAGUGUACGUGUCAGUGCACCUGGAGAACUCAGCAGUGUGGCUCAGGUACAUCUUCAUAUAAAUGACAUCAAUGACAACACCCCAGUGUUUGACAGUGACAGUGUCUUCUGGUCCAGGAGCAUGAAUGAAAGUUACACUGGACAUGUAGUGACCCUCACCGCUCAUGAUGCAGACAUUGGAACCAAUCAAAUCAUAAGAUAUGUUAUCAGAGAGCAAGACCCACCAGGUCACUUCAGCAUCAAUGCAACCACUGGAGAGAUGAUGGUCACCAAGUCAUUUGAUAGAGACACAAUGGAUGACCCUAAUGUUAAGAUUGUUGUAUGGGCAGUUGAUGGUGGAGAGAGGAGUAGUAGUACAAAUAUAACUGUAGAAAUCAUGGACAUCAAUGACAUAGCUCCUGUGAUCUUCUGUGUCAGCUGUAAUGGAUCCCACAUUGAACUGAAGGAGAAUACAACAAAUGAAGGCAUUCUCCUGGUUGUUAACAGCACUGACAAUGACAUUACUCCAGGGAAGGUGACAUAUUCUCUGGAUACACUUAGUAUAACAAGGGGGUUUGUUAUUGAUGAUGUCACAGGAGAAAUUCGAGUGACAAACAACACAUUUGACUAUGAAGACAAAGCUGAUCACUAUUUUAAUGUAACAGUUUAUGCAAAUGAUGGCACAAAUGUCGGCCAAAUGAAGCUUACUUUGAGCCUGGUGGAUAUCAAUGAUAACGCACCUGUCUUUGACCAGAGACGCUAUGAGUUUACUGUGCCUGCAGCGGCUAAGGCUGGCUACACAAUAAACAAUGUAACAGCAGUGGAUGCUGACAGCCAGUCUUAUAUCACAUACAGUAUAUCAGAUACAGCCUCCUUUGCCAUCAAUUCCUCCACUGGUUUUAUCACCAGAGCAGGGACAAAUUGCAUCAGUGGUAACAACACUUUCAAUGUCUCUGCUUCAGAUGGAACAUAUACAUCUGUGGCUGAAGUUGUGAUUACGGUAACCUCAGAAAACACAUAUCCUCCUGUAUUUAACCAGUCAGUUUACAGCUUCACAUUGGACAGAAUACAAGUGCACAACCAUUUUGCUAGUUUAGUAGAAUCAGAUUUGGUAGUCAUGGCAACAGAUGAUGAUUACCUGGACAACUGUGCCACUCAUGUAGAUAAUAGCAAUGGAAAAGUGACUUAUUCAUUUCAAGAUAAUCAUGAUAUGUUUAUUUUUUCAAGUAAUGAAGCCGGGGUUAUUGGAAUUCUUAGAAGUGACUUUCUGAAAUAUGGCAAUCCUAGGGUAGCACUGAAAGUUCUUGCUACUGACAAUGGAAGAAACAGAAAGCAGGGAGAGGCCACUGUAGUCAUAAAAAUUAACAACCAGAAACCAGUUUUCAGCACCAGCUACCUACGGCUUAAUUUGUCAGCAAAUGCAGCUGUCCACACCACAGUGGCAGUGAUAGAGGCCGAGGACAGUGAUGAGAAUUCUACCACACUCUACAGCCUUGUGGAGGGAGAUAGCAAACAUUUUCAACUCAAGAACUACACUGGUAUUUUACAGUUGACGGAGAAACUGGUUCUGCAAAAUGAAGACUACAAUUACACUGUAAAAAUAAGAGCCACAGACCCUGUGUUGAAGGAGGCUGGACUACCUGAUGAAUACUGCAGCAGUGACCUUGACCUGAUUAUCACAGUGGUGCAACCAAACAAAAACCUCUACUCACCAAUAUUCCAAAAAAUCAAUGAGGUGAACAUUACCAGCAAUGUGAAGGACAUAGUUAUUCUAAAUUUGUGCUAUGAUGGGACGCUGGGCAGGAUCAACGUGACUGCUACAGAUGGUGAUGAUCCAGGGACACCUGAAGGACAGAUGAUUUUGGGUUUGGAAAACACUUUCUCAUGUUUCAGAACUAGAAGUGAGGCUGGUCAGGAUAAGAACUCAGAUUGGUACUUUAGUGUAGAUGGCACCACUAUCCAAUACAGGGGCAAUGUCACUGACCUCCCUGUACACUGUACUGUGGUAUUGACUGUGAGGGACAAUGGAACAGUGAAGUCCAUGGAGAGCCAAAGGACAGUAAGUAUACACAUCAGAUCUCAAGAAGCAGAGUGUGAACUUGAGAAGAGUUUUCUGGGACUUGUGAAGAAUGCCACGUCCUGUUCUGAUGCCCAGGAUCUGAUUGUUGUUGUUGGAAUCUCAGCCUCUCUAAAUGGAGUGUUAUUUGUAAUGGUGAUUGUAUUGAGCUUUGUUUGGAAACCAAAUGUGAAGUGCAAGAAACCAGUUAUCAAACAUGAAGCCACAUUUAUUCCAUCUCACACGAAGGAUGAAUAUGAUGUUAAUAGCUUAUUUCCAAGUGGUGAUUACAGCUACAUACGAGACAUGCCACCAAAACCACCUCCAAGACCCCAGUUUACAUUCACAAAGAGACAGGAUCCAGUUGAAGGCACCACUCCACUACCCCCACCUGGUGGCAGCGAUAACACCAACAAGAGCUACCUCAGCCUCGUGUCACCAGAGUGUGAUACGUCACGUCACAAACACCUGGAACAUAAACCCAAACAUUCUGUUUACGCUGAUAGAUAUGGAACGGACGAGGCUUGCAGCUCCUCUCAAGUGGGGUCUCAAGUUUCUCUUCAAAUAGAAAAACAUUUUCUGGUAGAUGAGUCUCAACAGAGUCAUGGAAACCACCGUCUUGGAGACCAUCAUCAUGGAGACCAAAGCAAAAGUUCUUUGACACAAAAGUCAAAACAGCAGCCAAGCACAAACUCUAGAUUUGAAAAAAGUGGAUCUUCCAUAGGACAAACUGUAGUUUUCAGUGGACCUAUUAACAUAACCAACAUAACUCAGCCUAAUCGCUCUGCCAUUCUGCCUCCUCUUCGUCAAAUCCCUAGUGUGUUGGACAAAAACCAGAAAGAGGCAAUGAUGCAGAAACUGAUAGGGAGUAAUGAUAAGUCUGCAGAAACCCCGGAUAAGGACAAGGCAGCCGAGGAAGAGGCCAAAGCUGGCAUUGAAUCUGCUGGUAAAAAGUUGACAGAAGCUUUAUCAAAGAAAGUAUGUCACAGUCAGGGGGAGCUGAUGACAGUUGGUGCAAGGGAACUCCAGAACUUAUCCCUGGGCACUGAAAGCAUUUCAGAAAACACACAUGGAAAAGAGAGCCCACUGGAUAGAAGUUUUGGUACAGUCAGUCCAAAGGAUAGUGGCAUUGGUACAGAUGGUGAAGAGCUAGAGCCAACACAAGAUGACCCUGUCAUCUCCACCAGCUCCUUGCCAUUGGAAACAGGUCAAGGGCAAGGUCACCAUCUCCCAAGCACCUGCCCAUCAGAUGAAACCAUAGAGACUAUCACUAUAUCAGAGUCAGAGUCAGUCCACAAUAGGGAUUACAGUACACCACAUGAGAUGGUGCUGAGUGAACGUCCUACUGUGCGCCCAGGUACUGCAGUUGAAGUGACGGAGAAAGCUGCUUUGCAUCAUCUUCCAUUGCAAUCAGGCAGGCGGACUGUUGCAUCCCAGCAGCCAUUUCAGUUUGAGGCAAGCCUUGUCAAUGCAGAGGUGAACAGUCCCAAAGCUGAGCAAAAACCACAGCCAAAGAGAAGUUUCCUGGAGAACGUAGGUAGUUCAUUGGAAUCUGUGAAUGUUCCAGAAUUAGAGAAUCUCCGUCCAGGAAGUGCAUCCAGUGGUACAUGUACUGUUAUCUCAGAUGAUGGUGCCAUUCAAUACGUGAAUAGCUCCAAAUGGCAAAUGUCUCAGACUACAAUUGAUGUAGAAACACACAUACCCACACUGGAAGAAUCUAACACAAACACUGAAAUGUCUCCUCUGAAAUGGAGGCAGAAAAGGAAAGUAGCACCAAGUCCUUCGGAUCCAGUGCAUAAUGAGCCAGAGGAGGCUUGGAAUAUGAACAAUUUGGACCAAGAAGAUGAUACAGGAGAUGGGUUGCUGGCAAACACGCCAAUAAGUGAUGACGGUGUGCCACAGCAUGAAGAUUACGAUGGUCAGCCAUUGGAUGGAGAGACCGUAUUCCAGGCACCAGGUGGCAGCACCAUCAGGGCCUAUCUGCCACAGUUAAACCAAGAGUCGGAAGUUACUGUGACUGGAGACAAGAAAACCAAGAGGAAUAAAAAGUCAAAGAGGAGAUUGGGAAUGCUAGCGUUGACAAAACGUGAUCACAGAACUAAGAUAAACUCAAAUGUGAACUCUACUAUGAAGUUUGAAAACUUUAUAAAGCAGCGUGAAUCCAAAUUUUAAACCAUUUUAGGUUUUAUUUGGUACAAACAUAUUGUACUUCUCAAACACAAAAAUCAGAAUAAUUUGUUAUUUUUACCAGGUUAUAUCACAUCUUCUGGUAUUUUGCAUAUAUGUAAGAAUAAUUUGACUUGCAACUACCAAAUCCUGGUUGUAUUUUAAUCUAAAUUAAAUUGGAAGUUUUUUUCUAUGCACUACUUGUUUCUAAUGAAUUGGAAGUUUUAAAAAGCUGUGUAUCAUUGUUCCCUUAGUUCUAUAUGUGAAAAUUUUUAAUUAAGUUUAAGAAAAAAGCAAUUUAAUUUCCUUCAUUGAUUACUGUAGCAAUAUUGAUGUUAUCACUGCUGUAGUGAAAUUUUUAGCUGAUUUAUUCAGCACAGAUAUUAUACGUGUCAUGGCAUGCGCAGUAUGUAUAUUUGGACUGUUAUUGCUAUCUAACAGGCACCUUAAGUUCAGCUUAGCUAUUGCACAAAAGGAAAUACAAGUAGGUUUUAAUACUAAUUUAAGUUAGGUUAAUGUCGUUAAUGACAUUUCAUGGAUAAUUUCUGAGAAAGCAAAAGUUUAAGUUCAUUGCAUUUUUUCCUCAAACUAAAAUCUAAACUUAGUCAGCAGACAACAUUAACCAUGUUUUACCAGUAGCUCUAUAUGAAACAAAAUAUAUUAUUUCACGUACGCGUGUACCUUUGGUGUUUUAAAGCUGUUGACAGGAUCACACGAUAAAACAUGAUUAAAACUAGAUCAUUCCAAAUAAACAUCUCUCACACAGAUUAUAGUAUAUGUUACUAGACCUGUUUAUGCAAACUUGAACAAAAACGUGAAAUUGUUUUUCAAUGAUUAAUAAACUACGUAAUGUGUCGAGAAAAUCUUCAGUGUAUAUAAAAAUAGUAAUAAAUGGUAGGUGCAUUAUCCAACAAAAUUUGGUUAAAUAUUUGCCUC